CCCAGGUCCCUCCCUUCCCGUCGCCAGCGCUGCUCAUCUUUCUAAUUUCAGUGGAGUGUUGCCUGGACCCCCUGUUCUGUCCCCGCUAUCCGUCGGUGAGUAGAGAGGUGAGUGAGCAGGGCACAUAGUCCGACACUUGUUGCCAGAGACUGCCGUUCAUGCGAUGGAAGUCGAGAGAGUUCAGAGAGUGAGUGAAUGAAGAAGCAGAGAAGGAGGCAAUACGCAGGACACAGACCCAUAAGACAAACAUGGCUGGACCUGGAUGGUUCGUGUGGGGUGGCCUCAUGCCCUUUCCGUCUUCAGCAGAGUCCAAGGUCUACCUAUUAGGUUGUGAAUGUGUGUGUGUGUGUGUGCAGCUCGAGAGUCUGGGGAAAACGCGGCACGGUCGGUCAGGGUCAUCCCGUUCUUCCUGCUUCACUUUCUCUUCAGGCUUCAAUCUCUGUCGACGCUGGGUGAGCUCCUCUCCAUCGCACCGGACUUGCUUGCCGUGGCCAGAUCCAACUGCCCGUUCGCUUCUCAUGUGGCAUGUUCUUUGGAGAAACUCCUCGACCUUGGGACCUCUCACCCCAGAGAAUGGUCUUUGAAGUGUCUCUGUUCAAUGCUAUACCAGCCCAUGUUUGCGUCACUCAUCUGCCCACCCUCCACGUCGCAGCGUUGCACCAGGCGGCUGGGCCUACCAUUUCACUUUCCUCUCUCUCACCUCUCUCGCCUUCUCCUGCUGCUGCUGCUGCUGCUGCUG